CCCGGGUGAAGGUUGAGGGUUGAAGGUGUCUGCUCACAGGAGCGAAGCCCUGCUCUGUCGCGUGUGCUGGGCUGCCUGGGCAUCAUGGACGCUGUGUCGACCGAGGAACUUGAUGAGGAGGAGCUGCUGGUGAGAAGGCAUCGCAAAGAGAAGAAGGAGUUGCAAGCCAAAAUUCAGGGUAUGAAAAAUGCGGUUCCCAAAAAUGACAAAAAGAGGAGGAAGCAGCUCACUGAAGAUGUCGCCAAGCUGGAGAAGGAGCUGGAACAGAAACAUAAAGAGGAGCUGGAACAGUUGAAGCUAAGUGCCAAGAACAAGAUAGAUUCUGUUGCUGAUAACCUUUCCAACUUGGUACUGGAGAAUCAGCCACCACGGAUAUCCAAAGCACAAAAGAGACGGGACAAAAAAGCAGCGUUGGAAAAGGAGAGGGAAGAAAGAAUAGCAGAAGCUGAAAUUGAGAAUUUAUCUGGAGCCAGACAUAUAGAAAGUGAAAAACUUGCCCAAAUAUUGGCAGCUAGACAGCUAGAAAUUAAACAGAUUCCAUCGGAUGGCCAUUGUAUGUACCGAGCCAUUGAAGAUCAACUGAAAGGACAGGACUGUGCCCUGAGCGUGGCCGCCUUAAGGAGUCGGGCGGCUGAGUACAUGCAAAGCCACGUGGAAGACUUCCUGCCGUUUCUAACAAACCCCAAUACGGGAAACGUGUAUUCUGCAGAAGAGUUUGGGAAGUACUGUGAAGACAUUGUAAACACGGCUUCGUGGGGAGGUCAGCUGGAGCUGAGAGCUCUGUCUCACAUUUUACAAACUCCAAUAGAGAUAAUACAGGCGGAUUCUCUUCCUAUUGUAGUUGGUGAAGAAUAUAAAAAAAAUCCAUUAAUACUUGUAUAUAUGAGACAUGCAUAUGGCUUAGGAGAACAUUACAAUUCUGUCACACCGUUGGUGAGCGCGACUACUGAAAAUUGCAGCUAGUGUGUAGAAUGCUGUACAACUGUACUUUAGCACGGUAUGCCAAGCUGAGUAUUCCCAAGUGCUGGGUUUGUUCUAGACACUACUGAAAAACACAACUACCUUAAAUCAGUUUUAUGGUAAACCUACUAAUAGGCUUUUUAGAACUAUAUCAGAAAUAAACGUUCACCAUUGUCCUCUCAGUGUUACUCAAGAAAUUGUAGGUCCACUGUUGAGAACAUUGUUCCUAGACCAGGAGGGGACUCUUCUGGCUUAGGGUCUUGGGCCUCCUGUCCUGUGUCAGAACACAUUUGAAACGAUUUUAGUUUUUUUCUCAUUACUGGAUGCCCUUGAAGAAUUGAAAUGGCUUAAUAUCUUUGUCAUUACAAUAUUGUAGCGUGGUGAUAGCAAAUUCAAUUAAUGCCUAUAAAAUGAGCUUGAUUUUGGUAACUUUGGUAGUGAAGGGAUUAAUGCAAUGAAAUUUUCUACAUAAACUAUUCAUACAGUGCAGUUAAUUUCAAUGCAAAAAUCCAAGAGCAAAUAGCUGUUCUCUGUCAGACUUAAACCUAAACAAUGAGAGAUUAGUGUUUUAUGUGUGACUGUAAAAAGACCUAACCAGAUAUUGUCUUUCUGACUCACUUGUUGUUCUUAAACUUCAGAAUGAAGCUAGUACCGUUGUUUCUUGCUUCGCUCCGUAACUACACAUUUUUGUGUUUCCUUGCAUUUCUUUUGUACCUUUUCCCACCAAGGGACGUUUUAUCACUGCUCUCACUCUGUACCACACACAGGAAAAAGGGUCCAAGGCCACUUUGAUUUACAGUUCUUCACUGUUUUUCCAGUUUGUCUCACAGGAUUUGUUCGCUUGCUGUAUGCUUUAGGAUUACAUGAAGACAUCUGCUGUUAUUUUAUUAGCCUUAUUAAUGUCACCUUCGCGCAAGCUCCAAUAGCUGAGAGUUUUUCUGUUGAAAGCCAGUGUUGGGCGCUAAGGCCUCCGGAGUAAAGUCAGUAUGCAGUCGUUUUCUAUGGGAAUGGCUUCCGUUGCUCAAUCUUCAGGUUACUCAUGACAGUAUUCUUUCUAAGAGGAUAGUCUCCAUUUAUACACGUGUUGUAAUUCGUCGUGUUAUGGAACAUUUGUUAUGUUAGGACAUUUAGAUUUUUUUUCAGUUUGGUUUUCCUCAAAUUGGAAUAUUUCUUUUUUUUUUCAAAUUGGAAUAUUUCAACUGCACGAUUCAUCAUGCUUGUAAUGUAAGACUUUUUACUCCAUGAAUACAGCCAGUAUUUUUAUAGUACAAAAUGGGGUAUGAGUGUCACAUGCCUCCUGUGACCGUGUGGAGAACUGCCAGGUCUGCAGUCCGCUCGGGCAGGCAGUACUUGCUGAGGCCACUGCCGUUCAAGUGGAAGGCUUGUCCUGCCUGCCAAGCCAGAUGUGUUCAGAGGGCUGUUUUGUAACACUUGAUGUGAAUUUUUUGGUAGCUUGAAAUUUGUAAACGAAUUAAAUUGUAAAAAUGUAGGUACUCUGGGUUUAUUUUGAAAUAAUCUGUUGCUUUAAAACAAAAAUAUUAGCAUGAAAAGCAGAAAAACAAAGUGUAAUGUGGCCUGCUUAUAAAUUUCAAGGUCUCAAAUAUUUGGGAAGAAACCAGUAGAUUUUAUUUUUCUCUAACAUGAGUUAGAAUUUUAAUUAUUUAUUUUUAAUUUUUAAUUUUUUUAAUUAUUAUUUUAGCAAAACUUAAAAUAACCAGUAUGGCUUUGAACAAAGUUUAUAUGAUCAGUUUCUGAUCGGUCAUGAAGUUUUAGCGAUAACCAAAAAGUCUUCUAAAAAUGACAGAUGUUAAUUUAGUUUUGUUUGUAUAAUGAUGGUCUAAUGGAAGUUACAUAAGCUUUCUUUUGUUUUAACUCAGAGUAUAUGUUAAGAGUUCUGGAAUAUGUCUUUAACCAGGAAUUUUAUCAACUUAAAUAUGUUUACAACUUAUAUAAAACAAAAAAAGAAUGUAUAACUAUAGUGAGCAAUGUAGUUUGCUCGUAUUAUGUUUGCCAAAAAAGUAAAAAAUAAAUGAAUUAAAUCA